AUGGGGGAUCGCGAAAAUGGCUGGACAACAGUUGGCCAUCGGAUUCUCGGCCACGGCCAUCAGCUUGGCUCCGGCCGCGAGUGGGUGAUGCAACAAGAAAUGGUCGACCUUGAAGCUAUUGCUGCGUGGGACAAUGAUACGCAAUGGCCCAGCAUCAACAAGCCACUUUUUGACGGCCCCGAAGCCAAAAAGUUCGACAACAAACUGGUCAAGCUUCACGACCUUGACCAAGGCGCGUUCGGCAGGGUCGACAAAGUCAUGCACGGCUCAGUUUGCUUAGCAAGGAAGCGCAUACCAAGGCGUCGAGGAUUUUCCAUUGACGACUUGCGUAAUGAAGGAUUGAUGAUGCGCAAGUUGGAUCACCGCCAUGUGGUCAGGCUGGUUGCGACGUAUGCUCCGAGGUCCCACGAAUUGUGCCUUCUAAUAUGGCCAGCCGCUGUUUGCAACUUGGGCAGGUUGUUGGACGAUAUCGAGGCCCUGCGCCUGAGUGAGGGAGACCGCGAAGACAUUGUUGAACGCUUGACGGCCUUGGAUCUCAAGGACCUGGGUGCAGUUGACCCAAUGGCAAAAGAUCAACAUGCCGCCUCGACGUCCGACUCAUGCCCGUUUGACUUCUUGCGCACAAUUAUUGGCUGUGUGGCCCGCGCCAUGGCGCACUGCCAUGCGAACAACGUCCGGCACCUUGAUAUCAAGCCGUCCAAUAUUCUGCUGCGUCCGGGUCGAGUUUACUUGGCAGACUUUGGCAUCUCUCGAGACGUCACUGGCCAGGAGCAAACCACAACAGAUGGCAUGCCCGGCACUGAACGAUGGCGAGCGCCGGAGCUGUAUGAGGAGCAUGGCUCCAGCAUGCAGCUGUCAGAUAUGUACUCACUUGGCCUGGUGUACCUCAACAUUGCCACCGUUUUGUACAAUGCCAGAUUGUCAGAUUUUGACGACGCCCUAAGCUACUCGGGGAGAUUGUCGCGCCAAGAACUUUUGCGGAUCAGGGAGGAUAAAGUCAAGAGGCACCUGGAUCGACUUUCGGGCCAUGCACUGGUGACGCCGCCGUUCAUGUUCACCUAUGAAGGGCAAGAGACGGUGCGGCCACGACCACUGACGCAGCUUAUAUCCCGUAUGGUGGCUACCAACCCCAGACACAGAUUGACAGCUGCCAAGGUCGAUGAGAAGUUGUCGAUGCUCGGUGGAAUCAACCAAAUUUACCACGCCGGCUGCUGUAAGAGGCCCACUUCCUGGAUCGAGGACAAAUGGGACAGGAAGUUUGCGAGCCUCAUGGCCCUACAAAAGGAAAAUGAAGUACAGCGCAAGAGGAUUAUGGAACUGGAGGGUAAGGAUCAGACAUAUGAAACAAGGCUGGAAAAACAACGACAGAAGCACGAGCAGGAUAUUUCAAGACUGCAAGCACUGCUCAGGAACGCAGAGGACAAAUGCCAGAGGCUAGAAUCCGAGCAGACCGACCGGCGCAGGAUAUCCCACAGUUCGCGAGGAUCUCAUGGACAUGAUGCUCCACGCUCAGCUUUAUCGGGUGGCGGACGCAGGCAGCCAGCCGGACCUGCGACGAUACAAGGCGUCGGACAAUGGUUGAACGGAUCCAUGUUGACCUCGCCGAAAACAACCACAAUCGCCAAACCCACUCCACGGCAAGUCUCGCAGCACUCCCAGUCCAUGUCGGGUGUUCAGCGACAAGGCCCCACACAAAAGAUGCGAGCUCUUGAAAGCAGUCCCGUCCUACCUCGAUCGUCGAAUUCCAUGUCCUCGACCAGCCAGCGCUCGCCUAGUAUCAGCGGUAACCUGGCAGGCUACGCUCUUCGCUCGCGGGGAUCGGGGUCUUCCAAACUCCCGUUGCCGGUCACACCGACCAGGAGCAACACGCCGGGAUACAGCCGCGACCAGAGCAUGACGGAUAGUAGUAUGGCUUCGUCUGUAUUUUCUCGAAAGAGCCUCGAGACACUGCCUACGCCGCCCUUGCUACAACAUAAAUCUACAUCCGGGGAGAAGACACAGCCUCAAUGGGGCCGACUGGACAGCCUUGGCUCAACCACUGAUCAGCCACCCCUGGCUGGCGACACGGUCCCAAGAACCUCUGCACCAAACAGCCCAGUGUUGUCCAUGGCCUCCAUGGCCCCAUCAGCCAUGUCGUCCCCCCGGACGCUCAGAUCGGAUGUUCAUACAGAUGGCAGCGACGCGAAUGCUACUUCCAGGCCUGCCCCUCCCUCAUUGCAGCCGAUGAAGAGUUGGGCCGACGUGGCCAAGUUGGAGAAGAAGCGGCAGGCCGUACAGGCGUGA